CAGCCCCCCCCCAAUUUCAGCUGAAUCGCUCCCAAACUAAGCUGGAAAGAGCCACAAAAACCGGGCGCUUCACGGCCCCCCCCAUUAGGCUGGCACAACGGACCCCUGCAGCGCCAGGCACCCGAGCAUCGUACGGGGUGUCUGUGCCAAACCAUGACGUGGUUGCGACUUGCUGGGUUCCUGCUGCUCCCCGAGGGGAGAUCGGGGGUGCCCCAUACCCACCUGUCACCGGGUGGGUCCCCCACAAGCCUGGCGGUGACACCGACGUUCCUGACUCUGCCCAGACAGCUCAGAGCCACAAUAUCACGGCGCCAGCCGCAUGGCUCAGGCCUUGUUUCGGCAGUGCCUCUCUAGUGGGGGGGCUGCCCGUCGCCCUAAAACAUCCACAGUGGCCCGGGUUGUGGCAGCACUUCGGAUCCCUGGCUGGGCCCAGAUGGCCCCAUUGAACCCGGGGGUCCCCCGUUCUUGGCGGGGCCUGGCAAGACUCAGUCUAGAGAGACGAGCGGAGCUGCGGGGCGGGACACGGAGACCCGGGGAAGCCCGGAGCGCCAAAUAAUCUUGCUUCUGGCUCCUUAACGCUCUUGAUUCCUCGGCCGUGAAACGCCAUCCGGCAACUUGGCCUGCCCGCGCCAUUGCUACCGGCCCUUUUUCCGCGAGCCCCUCGGGCUGCCAAAGGGCCCCUGCUGUGUGGAAGGGCCCGCCCCUGGCAGGUGUCCACGGCCGGAGCUCGGUGGUUUCAAGCUGUAACUCGGCUUGUGACGUUGGGCUGGUUUCUGUGCCCGACACGCUCUGUGCGUUCUCCUCCCGGCUGGGAGAGGCUGGGGCCGGAGCUGCCUGUUGUUUAGAUCUCACGUGGUGCAGGCUGGGGGGGGAAGAGGCCCCCCUGUCGGAAAGGGAAAACAAGGGGGCUGAAACGCGUGAGCUGGCAGGAUGUCUCCGGGCCUGGGCCGCCAUCUGAAAUGGCGUUAAACGGACACGCAGAAUUGGCUGGCUUCCUGGUUGGUGGCAGUUCAGGAGCCUCUCGGGCACGGCUCGCCUGGCACAGAGACACAGCUGGAGAACAGCCACAUGAGUCCGGCAGGGUCCCGGGGCUGGCAGGAUCCAGCCUGGUGGGAGACACCCGUGCCGAUUGCCCCUCUGCCAAGGAGCGAGGCAUGCUGGGUUCUGGGCCCUGCGGAAGGAUCCAGGAUCAAAGCCUGAGCAGCGUGAGUCAUGCUCCCUGUGGGUGCUGCCUCCUGGCCGCUCCCUGCGCCCGGAAAGUAGCCGCUCUGCUGCCGCUCCCCCAGCUCAGCACCAUGUCGGAGGGCUGGGUGGACUGCCCCACCUUGGGGCCUGGAUGGAAGCGCCGCGAGGCCUACCGCCGAUCCGGGGCCACCUGUGGACGAACGGACACCUACUAUCAGGGCCCCAACGGCGAGAAAUUCCGCAGCAAGAUCGAGCUCACCAGGUUCCUGGGGCCCUCGCAGGACCUGACCAACUUCGACUUCAAGAACGGCGUGCUCCGCGAUCCGCCCCCCAAGGUCAAGAAGGCCCAGAAGAGAUGCCUCUCGCUGUCGGAGCCAGAACCCCCAGCCCUCCCUGAGCAGCCACCCCCCAAACAGCAACCCGUGAAGCCAGAGCCCCCGGAGCAGCCGCCUCCGCCCCUCCCAGAGCGACGCCCCCGCAAGCGCCCGGCGCCCCUGCUGGAACCCCAGGAAUCGGGGCAAGAUGCCGUAGUGGCAUGCUGCGCCAGCUGCCAGAACUACUUCCCCGGGGUGGUGAUGCCCAGCCAGAGACGCUGCCGCUGGCUGUGCCCGGACUGCCGAGCCCAGAGAAGAGACUUCAACAGGGAGCAGCGGUUCUUCAAGCGGGUGGGCUGUGGGGCCUGCCAGGCCUGCCAGAUCCCCGAGGACUGCGGCAUCUGCACCGUGUGCGCCGUGCGGGCCAAGAACCCUGAGCUCCGGAUCGGCAGGAAAUGCCUCCUGCGCCGCUGCCUGAAAAUCGUCAAGAAGGGCUUCGGCUGCGGCGUGUGCCAGGGCUGCCAGGCCACCGAGGACUGCGGCAGCUGCUACAUCUGCCUGCGGAGGCUGAAGCCCGGCCUGAAGCGGCAGUGGAAAUGCCUUAAACGCCGCUGCCUCAAGAAGAAGCAGAAAUCGGUGGUGGCGAAGAAGGCAGGGUACGGCCCCCGAAAACUGACCAUAGACGGGCCCCAGCUCGCCCCGGGGAGGCGCCGCCGGAGGGUGCCAGCGCCCGGGCCCAGCGCUGACGGCCUGGCCCCUAAACCUCGGCGCCGUAAGAGAUUAACCCCAGCCGCAGCAGCCACAAAAUGGAAGCCGUCGUUGGAGCGAGACCCCGGCGGCCUCUCAGGCUCGCGGCGCAGGAAACAGCUGGGUAAAAUCACGGAGAAGAAGAAGCCGGGGCGGCCCCCGAAACACCCGAGUGCCAGGGCCCGGAGCAGCCUGCUCUGCUCCAAGAGCCGGCGGAACCGCAGGUGCGGGGAGUGCGAGGCUUGUCUGCUGAAAGCCGACUGCGGCCGCUGCGACUUCUGCCGGGACAAGCCCAAGUUCGGCGGCGAUAACCUCAAGCGCCAGAAGUGCCGCUGGAGACAGUGCCUGCGCUUCGCAAUGAAGCGGCUGCUGCCGGCGGUGUGGAGCCGCGGGCAGGCGGAGGAGGGGGCGGGGGCCCUGGCCCCCCGGAAGGCCUGGAGGCGCAGGAUCGGCCGCAGCCGCCAGCCGGCCCGGAUCAAGCAGGUGGGGCGGCGGGUCAAGGGGAGCGGCCAGCAGCGCUGGGCUCGGGGCAGUGCCCCGCCGCAGGAGAAGGAGCGCCCGCCGGGCGGGGAGCUGCGAUUCCUGGCGGAGAAGGGGGUCGCCGAGGCGCCUGGGCAGCUGGUGCUGCUGAAGGAUCGGCCGGGCAGGGACUUCGUCCUGCUCCGCGACGCCCCCCAGAGCUUCCCCCUCCUGCUGCAGCAUGUGAAGGAGGAGCCGGCCACACCCCCGCCCCCUGGCCGCCUGGAGGAGCCGGCCCCCACCCUGGUCCUCGCCGCCCCACCCCUGGUGAAGCAGGAGAAGGUGGAGCCCGGAUGGGACCUUGCACCGGUGCCAGCGGGGGUGCCUCUGCGGAUGGAGGGCCGGGGGCUGGCCAGUGAAGUGGUGGUUUUGGACCCAGCUGACAAGGACGAGGAGGAGGAGGAGCGCACCCCAGUGAUCAUGGAGAUCUACAGCCUGGGGGCGCUGGCGGGGCGGGCGCCCCUGGACCCGGUGCUGCGCGAGUUCCUGGCCGAGCUGCAGGAGAUCCCGUUGCCGGCCCACUGGGAGGUGCAGCCGCCCCUGGGGGGGCCCGACCUGCGGCUGGUCCAGCGCUCGGCCCGCUCCACCAUGGCCGCCACCGUCAUCCACAUCCGCCCGGGCCUCUUCUUCCAGGUGGUGGUGCGCCAGCUGCCCGUGCCCCCCGAGCACGAGGUCUACGCCAGCCACCCCGCCCGCCUCACCACCGUGGACGAGGUGGUGGAGCUGAUCUGCGACCUGGAGGCCUAUCGCCUGUGCCCGGGCUGGCCGGCCGGCUGGCACGCGGGGCAGCGCUCCCAGGCCUGCGACGUGCUGGUGUACGCGGGCUGCUGCCCGCAGUGCCGCCUCAACCCCUGGCCCUCGGGCAGCGCCGGCCCCUAGGCCCCCGCGCCCCCAGAGCUUCUAUUUUUGACACUGGAAUUGGCGGGACCCUGCCGGGUCGGGGAGGGGGGCAGAGGUGGGUGUGGCCGGGGGGGGACGAUGCCAGUUUGUUUUCGUUGCUUGUUUGUCCCCCUCCAGGCUGGGGAGGGCUGAAGGGACAUCCCCCCCCACUGUGGUCACAUGAGUGGCUCUAGCCAAUGAGGAGCUCUGUCUCCGUAGGGCCCCCCCAGGCAGGGCAGAGGGCUCCUUCCUCCUGAGCCCCCCCCGUUCCCUUUGCAGUGACUUGAGGGGCAGGGAUUUCAGAUGCCAUCUUAAAUUGCUUUAAACCCCCUUGCCCAUUGGCCUGAGUCUUCCACCUCCCCUGCCCUUGGUGGGGGGCAGACCCAUGCCAGCUUCUCCCCCCCCAAGCGAUUGCUUCAUCUCCAGCAUGGGAGGGUCACUCCCCCUUUCUUCCCCCCCAGUUUAGGCUCCUGUUUUAAAACUUGAGUUCUUCCUUGGUGGUGAUUUUUCUGCUGCAGGGGGAAGGGGACAGCUCCUGGGGGCGGAGGUUAGAGGACACGGGUUGCUUGGUGGGGGCAGAGAUGGCCCUGUGCCACCCAUUCCUCCUCCCACUCCCCCGGCAGUCAGAGGCUAGUGCUAAUUUCAGGGAUUUUCUGCUGAAGCCAUACCUGCGUCCUUGGUGGGGGACAUCUUCCCCCCCUGUGGCUGGGGGGGGCAGGGUGUGAAGCACAGAUCCCCGCCCCCACCCCCUGUCAGGGUUAGUUCUGUUCCUCCCCCCCUCUCCCCCCCGCGCACAGAAAGAGGAAAAAAAAUGCGAAAAAAAAUUCACACCUCCCCCCAGAAUUUCGUCUCUAUUUUUUUUAUGUAUUAAAAGUUUUAAUGAGUAGA